AUGGGCGAUGCCGCACGCCCUGAUGAUGAUGAAUUCAACCAGGUCCUCCAGGAGAGCCUCAACACAUGGUCCUCCUAUCUGAAUGCUGGGAGCGAAGAUCACUUCUUUCUCCAGCAGGCCAUAGAUUUGAAAUCUCUCGUUUGCCAGACCCCGCCUUUCCUAGGUGAUGGCCUUGCUUUUCCUAGCGAGUCGAUCUCAUUCGCUUGCGAGAAGAAAUCGACACAGGAGAAGGGCAGUCUUGUCGUCAAUGGCCGGUCAACCUGGAGGACUUACAAAGGCACUUGUGACCUACAGCCGAGGGUCCUCCCUAAGCAACUUCUAUUAGCAGAUGGGAGUCGAGUAAGUGUGAAGUUGUCAGAAGACUCUCCAUUUUCAGACUGGCCCGGAGUUCAGGGACUCUCAGGUUAUGAUAACGGUAAUUAUCUGUCCGUCCUGUACCUCGCAUGGGCCUAUAUUCUAUCUGCUCGAUGGGUUGAAUUGCUUCGCCGCUCUGUUAGCCACGAAUGUCAAAUGCGCUACACCGCGCAAGGGGUACAGGGGUCAUCGCAGCCGAAUAAACCACCCAUGGUUCAAAUUGACCUCGGCGACGAUGCUUGCGAGGAAGAAAUCCUCUGGUGGCGCGCUCUUUUGUGUUCUGAUGACGGUUGGACUGCGACCACUAAGUACAAUGGCCAUGUCUAUUUGUCGCCAUGGUCGGUAUCGGUAAAGUGCGCGGGGAUGACCGUGGCCACAGAGGAUUUUUCCGGUGUUAAUUCAGACCCGCCGCUAUCGAUGACCGCUCUCAAGUACCUCUCUCGUUUCUGUGUGCACCAUCGUCUUUACGCUCAAUGCUCAGUCGCCCUUGCUGGGGCACUCUUCAUUCCAUUUCUAAGCGGGAGAACAGUUUCUCUCCCCUUUCCAAAACAACCUUCUCGGCUGGAAAUACUGGAAAUAAAGGAAAGUUCCAAGGAGUCUGCAUUUUCUAUACAAGAUCUUCUCAAAGAGCACGGCGAAUUGCUUCCCAAAUAUAUGACAUUAAGUACCAAUACGUGGGGUUUACGCUCUCUUCUGUGCUGCACCUUCUUCAAUACGGAUAUUGCGUGUAAUCUUGUCAGUGCAUGGAUGAAUCCGGCUUUUGCGGUUCUUGAUUCGAUUUCCCCAAGGGAAGAUCUAUUGGCCGCAUUAAUGGCAAAUCGACAGCCUCGACUCGGCAUCCUCUGGCUCGGUGCAAUUCUCACAGGGCUGGCAAAAUCCGUCUUGCGUGACAUACGAGCAGGAAUGACGGCUCUAGAUCUCCCAGCUUCUGCCUGGACGGGAACAAAACAGACAUUCUUGACCUCUAAAGUAGGGGACAGUGAUGGUGAAAUAAUAAACCGCGAUGACGAAUGUCGGCUGCUUUUCAUUACCGCCUGUGAAGGCCAUGACCGACCUCCAAUCUGGCCUUGGAAGCCCUUUGGGUUUACACAACUUUGCGAUACAGAGCUGUCGGUCCGACAACAUGCUCAAUGUACCACUCAUUGCUUAGAAUACGAAUCUUGGGAAUGGAUUUUGACGAACAACCGUUCCAUGAGAGAUUUUGGAGAAAUUAGUCAACCUCCUGAUCAAGCAUCACAUUUAUCUACCAACAGGACAUCGGUUGCGCUUGACGAUUAUAACUAUGAUUUCUUCUCACAACUCCUUUCUGAAGGAGCGACACGUGGGAUAUUUGGAUGGUUGAGAUCGACAGGGUACCCUCGCAGCGAGAGAGCCAUAUAUCAGCAUUCUUGGUUAGAUUUAGAAGCCACCGACGAAGAGCCUGAUGAUGCAGGAUCAGACGUAGAUAUACAGCGAGGCUCGGAGGAAAUGCGCGUUGAAAGCUGGCUCGAAGGUGUCGAAUAG